ACCAAUGCGGGACAGCAAGGAGUGGCAAUGAUCCAGAGCAGGAUCAUUGUGUCUGUGUCUUUAAGCUCCAAUGAAAUCCAUCAGGGGGAGCCAGGCUGCUGGAUCAUUGUGUCCGUGCGCUCAUUACGUUGGAGGAACCUGUGCCGCGUUAUCACGCUGGACGAGGUCUCGUUGUUUUAGACACAGGAUGGUUUUGUCUGCGCUUGAAACGCAUGGAGUAGAGUGAAAGACUUGAAAAUCACCCGACAAUGAGGUUCCGCUGGGCUCUUUGUGCCUCGUAUUUUAUUUUGCUGCCACUAACCGUGUGGUCAGAGCCACUCAUCUCCCCCGGUGGGCCUCACAUCGUAGUUCCCAAGAAGGGGAAGCUAGAGCUGCGCUGCUAUGACAAUGCCACAACGUCUGGCGCCCCGCCCAGGUUAAGGUGGUACAGGGACAAGUCUCGCAAGCUGGAUGGAGAGGUGCAGGAGGGCAACGUGGCUUUCGUCAGGCUAUCAGCCGCCCAGCUUAACCACAUGGGUCGCUAUAUAUGUGUGAAUAACAUCACACUGGAGCAGAGCUCUAUCUACGUAUACGUGAAAGACCCCUACAAUGCUUUCCUGCACAUCAUGAUAAACAUCAAACUGGUGCGAGAAGGCGAUAGCUGCACCAUUCCCUGCCUUGUUACUGACCCCGAGGUCACCCACCUGGGUUUGGAGACCUGUGAUGGACGACCUCUGCCCUCUGGUAUGAGUUAUAAGAGUGACCUUCAGGAAGGCAUCACCAUCAACAACAUUCAGAAGGAAUACGAUGGCUGCUACGUAUGUGUGGGACUUCUUCACGGAGUCAAAGUGAUGUCAAGUAAAUACAAUCUGGAAGUACGACUCGUGCCAGAGUUACGCCCAGUGAUCACGCUGUCCCAGAAAGACAAAGUCAUCUUGAGGACAGGAGAGCAGUUCGAGCUUACCUGCAGCUCCUCCAAUGUCAACGCAGACGUCAUUCUCAAGUGGGACUUCCCGUCAACAGCGCAUCCUUUUGAAACACAAACCUCACACAUCCUGUCCGGGGGUUUGGGUUACGAGCGUUCAACCUCACUCUUGAUCCCAGCUGUUAACCAAUCAGACUCAGGGACUUACCGUUGCCAUGCUCACAACGAAAGAGGCCGCAGUGACGAAGCGAUGGAGCUCAAAGUUUACGAUCAGGGGUUCAUUAAAAUGUUAGUAAGUCAAAGUCCAGUCCAGGAAGAGGUUAAAGAGGGAGAGAGCCUGAGCCUAAAAGUUGAAUUCGAUGCCUAUCCUGCACCAAGCUUCAUGUCCUGGUCUUACAAUGGGAAGAUUCUCCACAACACCACAGAGCACGUCAUCACUCUCCACCGAAACAAAUACAGAUACAGCAGCAAGCUGAGACUAGUGAGGGUUCUUGGCUCCGAGGGCGGGAUCUACAACUUCUCAGCCAGUCACAAAGACGCAUCUGUCGAUCACUCGUUUCAUGUGUAUGUCAACAGUAAGCCUGUCAUUACAGCUCAGGAAGGGCCUGUUGAUGGACAAGUGCGGUGCAUUGCUGCAGGAUACCCCGUCCCUAAGAUCAGCUGGUACUUCUGUGAGCUGCCGCGCACAAGGUGCUCACAAUUGCCCAAUGCCACCCAGUGGGAGACCUCAGAGGUCACUGUCCUUUCAGAGUCAACCUUUGGUAGGAGUCAAGUGGAAAGCCGACUGAAUGUCAGCAAAGAGUUCACUCAGUACCACACCCUGGAGUGUGUCGCUUCUACAGAGGAGGCAGAGGCCUACACCCUGUUCUCCAUCAGUGAGCGUGUGGUCCCCCAUAAACUCUUCACGCCUCUUCUAACCGGCAUGGUGGCUACUGGGGUCUUACUCAGCCUCGUGUUAGUGGUGCUGCUUUAUAAGUACUUGCAGAAACCAAAGUUCCAGAUUCAGUGGAAGGUCAUCGAGACUGUCCAUGGAAACAACCAUAUAUAUAUUGACCCCACCCAGCUGCCAUAUGAAUCCAAAUGGGAGUUCCCCAGGCAGAAACUGCGCUUUGGUAAGACCCUGGGCUCUGGGGCGUUUGGAAAGGUAGUGAGGGCCACGGCAUACGGAUUGUGUUCUGCAGACGCUGUGACAACCGUCGCUGUUAAGAUGCUGAAACCCAACGCUCACUCCACGGAGAAGGAGGCGCUGAUGUCUGAGCUGAAGGUUCUCAUUUACCUUGGAAACCACGUUAACAUCGUUAACCUGCUGGGAGCCUGCACCGUCGGAGGACCAAUUUUGGUAAUCACAGAGUACUGUUGCUAUGGGGACCUCCUCAACUUCCUCAGAAGGAAAAGAGAGUCCUUCCUAAACUCCAGAGCUGGGGAUGGUUACUACCACAAUGUCUCGAACCCAACAGAGUCCACAAGCAGUGAGGCUACUGGUGCAGGAUAUAUGCCCAUGCGUCCCUCUGAGAAAGAAAGGUCCUCUGAGUCAGAUGACAUAGAUGAGCUGUCCUUGGAUGCUGAAGAUCUCCUCAGCUUUUCCUACCAGGUGGCCAAAGGAAUGGAGUACAUUACUUCCAGGAAUUGCAUCCACAGGGAUCUUGCAGCUAGAAACAUUCUGCUGACUCACGGCAGGGUGGCGAAGAUCUGCGACUUUGGCUUGGCACGAGACAUCACCACCGAUGCCAGCUAUGUGCUCCGUGGAAACGCUCGUCUGCCGGUCAAGUGGAUGUCACCUGAGAGUAUUUUUGACUGCGUCUACACGAUUGAGAGUGACGUGUGGUCCUACGGCAUCCUGCUCUGGGAAAUAUUCUCCCUCGGUAACAGCCCGUACCCUGGGAUGCAGGUGGGAUCUGCAUUUUAUAGGAUGAUUCAGGAAGGCCACAGGAUGAGCAGGCCUGAGUAUGCCCCCGCUGAGAUGUAUGACAUGAUGCUGUCCUGCUGGAACCACGAUCCUCUGAAAAGGCCUUCCUUCAAAAAGCUGGUGGAGAAAACAGAGCUGCUGCUGUCAGAAAAUACCAAGAAUGUGUACCUGACCCUGAGUAAUGCUUCAGGUCCUCCAGAGCAGCAGAGGGCGCCAUCACGGAGACUGAGCUCAGUCUGCAGCACAACAGCCCCCAACCAACCUUUACUGCAGAACACAGCUGACGUCUUCCUGGACUAUGUCUGACACACCAAUUGGACACAUACAUAAAUCCCCACCUUCCUGACCUUCCUCACCUCAUACCACACAAACUACACUCCACUCUACUACAACUAACAGCUGAUCAUUUUAAACAAACUCUCAAAUGCUGGCCUUCCUGCAUCUUCCAUACACACACACACUCACACAUACAGAAACACACACACAUAUAGAUAUUGUACAUAUUGAGGGCUGCACUUGGCUCUCAGCCUCUAUCUACUCUUGCCCUUG